AUGACAAUUCCUUACAAUUAUAAACGUUUCUAUGCUGACCCAGAGAGAGAAAUGAUGAUUGAUUACACUAAAAUUCGAAUGGAUGGAGAGAAUGUAACAAUUGAUUUUAAAACACGAGAUAUAAUAAUGCGUCAACAAGCAAAUUAUGGUACGGCAAAAUUUACUGGAGUUCGAAUUUUAGACGUAACAGAAAAUUUGCAACUAAAUAUUACUUUAACCAUGGCAAGAGACCCAUGGAGCAGAAUUCCUGCUUGCUCAGAAUGUUUCCUUGACAUCGAACGUGCAAGACAGUUGUCCAGUGACAGAAAGUUUAUUACUUUCCAACGAUUAACAACUGAGGAAGAGGAAAAGAUUCUACCUGUUGUCUUCACGAGGAAUUUCACAGUAGCAGUUGUAGCGUUAGGUGCCAUUGCUAUGGACAACUUCUCAAAAAGUAUGUAUUCUAAACUUAAAAAUAAUGGGGGAAUUGUAGAAGUACCUAUCACUUGUCCUUUACUUUACGGCAUGAGUAUUUUAGCACUGGAUACUUCAGGUCGUCGGAUCUAUUCAGGCCCUAACUCCAAAUUACGCCUAUCUAUUAAUACAAUCCCAGAAAAUAUAUGUUUUUCAAAACAUAGCACCGUGGGAAUGUCAGAUGGAAAAAUCCAGUUAUUGGUAUCUAUUUGUGAAGUAGUCAAUUCCGUCAAAUUAAGAAUAACUGCAAUUGAGGAGAACGCUAUUUCUAUCAUAACUCCGGCUUUUCGUAUAACAGGAAACAUUACAAUUGGACAUUUUGGUGACCUUCGAUUUAGUGGCGAUGGAAAAGAAAUUGACUCACAUAUCAAUUCUUUUAUCCGAUUCGCUAUCAAUGAUGUUAACAAUGGUAUUAUUGCUCCAGAGUUAAAAAAAAACGGUAUAAACUUCCUAUUGAAGUCGUACAAUGUUCCAAAUGAAAAACCUGCAACCUAUAGAAAACUUGGGGGUUUAAAAAAUAUUUUAAGUAAUAUUAGUUUGGUUAUAAGUUCUGUUCCAGGAAAUGUUGCUAAACUUUUUAGCCCAUUUUUAACGAAGUUUAUGAUACCACUUAUUUCGACAAUCGACUUUUCCAGAGAAUUCUCCGAUAAAAAUUCAUACCUAUUUUAUAACAGUUUAACUUGGACCGAAGAGGAAUUUUAUAAUUCCGUGUUUCAAUCAGCCAAAGAUAGAUUUUGGACUGAUAUUGUAAUCAUUCGAUAUUCGACUAUUGAACUUAGUAAGUCAUUCUAUACUGCGGCUAUCAAAUACAACAUCAAUAUACGAAAUCACAUCAUUUUGAAAGAAAUGAAAAAUCUUAAACCCAAGUAUUUGCAAGAUGGUAUGCUCAGUAAUGAUUUGGGGGAAGUGAAAAAAACUAACUUGAAAGUAAUCUUUCUGUUUGCUCCAUUCCAUAUACAGCCAAUCGUCUUUCGAGAAGCCUAUCUUAUGAACCUUUCUUCUCUGCAUGGAUUCCAAUGGGUUUUAAUGAAAAAGUACGCGCGAGAGUUUCCAUUUGAGAACCAUUCGGUUUGUAACAAAAAGUUAGAAUGCACAUUAGCUUUUACUGGAACCUACCUCUUUGAUUCGACCUACAAUGUAUCGGGUUACCAAACAGAUAGUUGGAAACGAGUUCUUAAUUAUUAUUUUAAAGAAGACCGUGUACUUUACAAAGGUGGAAGAGUUCGUUAUAGAUCCUUUGAAAUAGGAGCGUUAAUGGGAUUGGGUUAUGACGCCGUGCACCUUUACGCUAAAGCGUUAGCCAUACUUCUCAAUAAACGACUAACAUUUAGAGGUAACAAAGUUAAUUGGCUCAUGCGCAAGACAACUAUACAUGGACUAACAGAUAAAGUAUCUUUAAAUGCAUACGGUGAUAGAAUUGGUUAUUUCGGUUAUCUGGCCCAAGUUAACCCAAUCCCACGUUGGCCAUAUUUGCCGAAAUCUAAAGUUAUAACUUACGUAAAAUGUAUUAAGAGAUCGGAAGACGGUAUUCAAUUAGAAAUACCUUACGAAUCGGAAAUACUUCCUCACAAUAAAACUGCGGCACUGGUAGCAUUUCCUGUCGGUAAGGCACAUAACACUAGACGAUACAUAUCUUUAUCGGGGAUGGUUAGUCUCAAUACACAAAAAAUGAUGCCAAAAGAGGGUGAAGAUUGGCCACCAACCCUUUUUAUGCGAACAGAAAGUAUAGUUCCACCAUAUUAUUGCGUUCAUGCCUGUGGAUACAAAUUAAAAGACCCUAGUAAUAUUAAUGUUUUCGAUCGAGGAAUAUGUCGUCCUGGUAACAAAUGCGAAUGCUUUGAAGGAUUCGAAGGGAAGUAUUGUCACACAAUUUCAUGUCAAUGUAAAAAUGGUGUGUGCCAGGUUGACGGUACGUGCGUGUGUAAUGCUGGCUAUAAAGGUGUUACUUGUAAACAACCAAUCUGCAAAAAAUGUCAUGCUGGUAUAUGCAAAAAACCACAUGAAUGUGUGUGCAGUACUAUAUUAUACAUUGGAAAGCAUUGCGACGUUCAUAUUAUGAGCAUCAUAAUACCACUCUGUGUAGGAUUGACUCUUCUGUGUUGUUUUUUUUAUUUCAUGUUGACAAUUUUGGAUCGAAAGACGAAAAGAGUGAGUUUUCAGGAAUGGCUGAUUGACUGGGAUACAGUAACUAAACCUGAGCGCAUAGUUACGGCAGAGACGUACACAGGUAUUAUUAACAAACAAGUUGCGGUUUAUCGAUGGGACGAUCAGGAAUGGUAUGUGAAAAAGAUUAAUAGUAAGACAAUUCUUCCUGAUGAUAAAAAGAUUAUUUCGGACAUGGUCAAGUUAACUAAGACUAGACAUUAUAAUCUGAUCCAAUACGGUGGAUGCUGUUUGACUUAUCCUAACGUCAGUUUGUUCAUGGAAAUUGCUGACAAGGGGAGUAUAGCGGAUGUACUUGCCAAUGAAACAUUUGAGAUCGGAUGGGCAUUUGGAUUUUCAUUUUUAAAAGAUAUAUGUUGCGGAAUGGAAUAUUUGCAUGACAAAUCUGAAAUCAAAAGCCAUGGACGUCUGAAAUCUUCCAACUGCUUGGUUGAUAAGCGCUGGACUGUACGUCUGUCAGGAUUUGGUGCACCGUUUCUUCGUUAUGGAAGCUACAGAAUCCCAGAGUCUGAAGAAAUGUAUGAUUUAAAAGAUCUUUUUUGGACCGCACCCGAACUACUGAGGGAAAGCACAAAUCUCGACGGGGUAAAAUGGGGCACACCGGAAGGAGAUGUCUAUUCAUUUGCUAUCAUUGCGUGUGAAAUUGUGACGAAGGCAAAACCAUACCAUUAUGAACUGAAACAUUUAAGUGAAAAAAGCAUUUUAGAACUCAUUAAAGAUUCAAAGUCACCGGACAAUAAAGAAAUACGACGUGUAUGGGAGAGUAUUGGUGGAGGUAAAAUGAUUUUUACGAGACCAAUUUUAAGUGAUGAUUUAUUACCAAACAGUAAGCUAUCUAAGAAGCUGUUUAAAAAAAUGCUUGAAGAGUCUUGGAAUGAGAAGGCAUCGUCACGACCGACUUUUAAUAAUAUUAGCAUAAUUCUAAAUCAAAUGUACCCCAUAAAAGGAGAACUUAUAGAUAAAUUAAUCCACCUCUUGGAAACUUACUCCAAUAAUUUAGAAAUAAUCGUGAUAGAAAGAACCAGAGAACUAGAAGAAAAAAAAGCUAAAGCUGAGCAGCUAUUGGGCCAGAUGUUGCCCCCGAAAGUAGCUUGUGAACUGAAACAAGUUGGUGAAGUGAUACCGGAAUUAUUCGAAAAUGCCACGGUAUUCUUCAGUGAUAUCGUGAAUUUUGGCCGAAUAUGUAAAGAAAAGCCAAUGGAAAUCGUUGAUUUUUUAAAUGAAGUUUAUAAAAUAUUUGACUCAGUUUUGGACGGCUAUGAUGUUUACAAAGUGGAAACCAUCAGCGAUUCCUACAUGGUAGUUAGUGGUAUUCCAGAAAAGAAUGGUGAUCGCCAUGCAGGAGAAAUUGCAACAAUGGCUUUAGAUCUGAUGUCACAUGUUACUCUACUCCAUGCUGAUCCCAUGGAAACUGACGUGCUGCAGUUACGAGUGGGAAUGCAUUCCGGCCCGGUAGUAAGUGGCGUGGUGGGGAAACUAAUGCCUAGAUAUUGUCUAUUCGGAGACACCGUCAACACAGCUUCCAGAAUGCAGUCUAGUUCUUAUGCCUUACACAUUCAAGUGAGCGAGACUACUGCAACACUUCUUGAUACAUUAGGCGGUUAUAUCUUAGAAAGUAGAGGACAGAGACAAGUAAAAGGUCGCGGAUUAAUGACAACGUACUGGCUGUGGGGUAAGGACACAUUUAUGAAAGAAUUACCUGAUAUAUCCCUGGGAGUCCCUCUCUCACAACACAAAUUCAAAUAAAGCGUCCAGAGCAUAACUGUACCUACAAAACACCAUACACAUUGUAGUAUGUUUAUAUAUAAUAUAUAUAUGUAUUUAUGUAUGUAUAAACGAAUGGAUACAUCUA